AUGCCAUCCGCCCUCCUAUUGGAGUGCAAUGGCAUUGCAGAUGCUCUUGUGAAGGCCAUCCGUAAUCCUGUAAGGCUGCAGUGGGACAUUGAUAGAUAUUGCGACAGCCUUUCGAUUCAGCCCACGGGGCAGAAUGAAGUCCUCGAGGCAGAACUGGAACGGAAGUGGCCUCCUCCAUUUGGUGAGAGCGAAAUACGCAUAGACCAGCCCGCCACCCUCGUGGACAUGCACGCGCAUCUUGGCUUGGAUACUUCCAAGAGUGUUGAUACCAGACCACCAGACGAAGAUGCUCCAAGCGACCAGGGCCCUACACCCAGCAAUAGCAGCCAGUAA